CCCAUGUUCCAGUCUGAUCUUAUUAAUUUAAAAUUUAUACUUUUAUUAUUUCAGAAGAGUAAAAUUAUGCCACGUACAAGCUCUAAUUCAACAAACCGCAAGCGCCCAACAAGUGAACAGAGUCCGGGACCUCCUCGACGUCAGCUUAGAAUAAUUACUUCGCCAACACCUCCACCAGUAGAAUCAUUACAAGAACAACAAAUACAGGAUUUAACAAAUGCAACACUAAACACAAAUCCUGAAUCUCAGGUAGAUUUAAGAAAUUUUCUAAAAAUGUAA